UUAUAUUACUUUGAAAAAAUUCUCAUGUUCACACACCCAUAAUUGUCUAUAAAUAGCAUACCAUACCAUUGGCUCGUUACUCCAUUAGCUAGUCUUCAAUCCUUCAAAUCCCCAAAAGCAAAGGACCAUAAUAUCAAAUCCCCACCACAAGCAAUGGCAUCAACAACAAUUCUGAUCAUUGUUCUUUCCCUAGCCAUCUCAACUCAAUCAAUUCUUAGUAUGGACAUCCUUUGUGAGGACCUCGAUGAGAAAUCAUGCGCGUUCUCUGUGUCGUCAUCCGGCAAGCGAUGCGUGCUUGAGAGUCGCCUGCGCAUGAGUGGGACGACUACUUACACAUGUGGGACCUCCGAGAUCGUGGCUGACAAGAUUAGAAACUUGCUCGAGACCGACGAGUGCAUCAGGUCGUGUGGGGUCGACAGGCAAGCACUUGGCAUAUCGUCCGACUCGCUCCUUGACCGCAGGUUUGCCCAGAGCCUAUGCUCGAGAGCAUGCUAUAACAACUGCCCUAACAUCGUCGAUCUCUACUUCAACCUUGCAGCCGGAGAAGGGGUUUUCCUCCCGAUGUUCUGCGAGAUGCGUCAAUCAGGCACACGUCGUGGGAUGGUCGAGUCCAUUGGGCUUAAAAGCUCUGGGAAUGUGCCCGGAAAGCAAGCCCUUGGGCCACAAUCAGCAACAUCUCUUGACGAGGAGGCUUUAAGCCCAGAGUCGGCAUCUCUUAACGAGGAGGCUUUAGGCCCAGACAUACCAUACCAUUGGCUCGUUACUCCAUUAGCUAGUCUUCAAUCCUUCAAAUCCCCAAAAGCAAAGGACCAUAAUAUCGAAUCCCCACCACAAGCAAUGGCAUCAACAACAAUUCUGAUCAUUGUUCUUUCCCUAGCCAUCUCAACUCAAUCAAUUCUUAGUAUGGACAUCCUUUGUGAGGACCUCGAUGAGAAAUCAUGCGCGUUCUCUGUGUCGUCAUCCGGCAAGCGAUGCGUGCUUGAGAGUCGCCUGCGCAUGAGUGGGACGACUACUUACACGUGUGGGACCUCCGAGAUCGUGGCUGACAAGAUUAGAAACUUGCUCGAGACCGACGAGUGCAUCAGGUCGUGUGGGGUCGACAGGCAAGCACUUGGCAUAUCGUCCGACUCGCUCCUUGACCGCAGGUUUGCCCAGAGCCUAUGCUCGAGAGCAUGCUAUAACAACUGCCCUAACAUCGUCGAUCUCUACUUCAACCUUGCAGCCGGAGAAGGGGUUUUCCUCCCGAUGUUCUGCGAGAUGCGUCAAUCAGGCGCACGUCGUGGGAUGGCCGAGUCCAUUGGGCUUAAAAGCUCUGGGAAUGUGCCCCGAAAGCAAGCACUUGGGCCACAAUCAGCAACAUCUAUUGACGAGGAGGCUUUAAGCCCAGAGUCGGCAUCUCUUAACGAGGAGGCUUUAGGCCCAGAGUCGGCAUCUCUUAACGAGGAGGCUUUUGCUCCGGAAUCAAAUUCUCUAUACUAAGCCAAUGACGAGGAAAUCAGCUCCCCGAGCUCAAACUCAAGCCCAAUACCAUCAAAUUAGUGGCACAAAUAAAUAGAAUCACCUGGGGUGGAUUCGGCCCGAUAAAGGCCUUGUAUUAUACAACUAGGAAACUUGGCAGACUGAAAUAAGGAUAUUAAUCCAUGUACUUAUUGUUAUGUUGUUUUUAUUUUUCAUCCAUACUAUUGAAAUGAAUAAAAUACUAAUGUCCUAAUUGUCGGCUCAUACAUAUUUCGACACAAAUUCUUGUAUGAAUUGGCUUAGUCAUUGUGGGUUGACCCGGCGUGUCUUUUUUAUGAAAAUGCAUAUUUAUAUUAUUAUAUGUUAUGGUUUUAUUAAUAUUUUUCUGUAGCCUGUAAUUUGAGGUUAAAACCUUGCAUAAUUAUCGGCAAAAUAUAAUUGAGU